CCUCCUGCGUCUCAGCAGCCAUAACCAAGUUGAUGACUAAGGCUGCUGGUUUUUUAGCGAUCAAAAAAUUGGAACAGAGUUUUAAUAAAAAAACCCGGACAAACAAACACGUCCGCAUUAGAUUCUAGAGUACAGCGUUUGUUCUAAGCUUUUGUGGGCUCAAAUUCUGUCCUUAUGUCCUUCAUAAGUUAAAAGCUACGUUUUUAACACCUCCUUAGCUCAGAAUUCAUCCAUUCUGGAGAAAUGUUUGUGACAGAAAGUUACAGCUGUGUUUGUCUACUACAGUACCUGCGAAAAACUGUUUCACUGCACCAGUGAAAGCCAUUUCAAGGGAUGCAGCUUUAUUCCUUCACACAACAUCAUGCAAAUGUAUUUGUAAGUUGUGAAGAAUCACGUUAGCUUAUUCAGUCUCAGGCGGUAGCAGGUAUAUUCAGAUCAGCAAAGAAUCUAGAGAUACAAAGACACAGAAAAUGUCCUCAGAGUUAUGAACUAACUAAUCUUAUAUUUUGAACAGUAGAAGCUAAUUCUAAAAUCCUUUUUAUUACUUUUAAUACAGCAUAAUACAUUGCUUUUAAAAAUAUGUAUUAAAAUGAGAACAUUUAUAUGGAAUUAAGAUACACUGUCUCAUAAAUACCAAUCGUUUUUAAUUAUUCCCUCUGCAGUAAGAGUUGAACUGAACUUUGACUUUGGGAACUGUUGGUAGGCUAUCACAACAGAUUUUACUCUGCGAAUCUUGCAGAAUCUUGUCAGUGUAGCACCUGAUAAGCCAGUACAACCAAGUUGUGGGAGCCUGACAUCAUAUUUAAGAGUUGAUUUAAUAAGUACCAUGGAGUUGGACAGAUGGAAGUUUUGUGGUUCAUGAUGUACCUUCAGGAUCUUAUGUAGUGGAAGUUAUAUCCCCUGCUCAUAAAUUUGAGCCUGUGCGAGUUGACAUAACUUCAAAAGGCAAAAUGAGAGCAAGAUACGUGAAUUACAUCAAAACCUCUGAAGUUGUGAGGCUGCCAUACCCACUCCAGAUGAAAUCUUCUGGACCUCCUUCAUACUUUAUAAAGAGAGAAUCUUGGGGAUGGACAGAUUUCCUCAUGAACCCUAUGGUGAUGAUGAUGGUUCUUCCAUUACUGAUAUUUGUGCUUUUGCCUAAAGUUGUCAACACCAGUGAUCCUGAUAUGAGACGGGAAAUGGAGCAGUCAAUGAACAUGCUGAAUUCCAACCAUGAGCUGCCGGAUGUCUCUGAAUUCAUGACAAGACUUUUCUCUUCAAAAUCUUCCAGCAAGUCUGGUAGUAGCAGCAGUAAAGCAGGGAAAAGUAGUUCUGGAAAAAGGAGCAACGCUCCUUCAGCUGUGAGGUUGCUAGAGAGCAACAGAAGUCACAGAAUCUCUCUUUGGAAAUGAGAUGGUUGCCAUGACAAUGCUCCCGGCUGCUUCUUGUCCCAGAUGAGAAAAUAAUUUUUAGACUCCUAUGUUACAAGGCUAGGCUACAAUGUUUUAAACUAAACAGUAUAGCUAAUUGACUCAAAGAUCAGCACAUUGCUUGUUAAAAAUAUUUGGGCUGAUAAUCAGCUAAAAUUGUUGAAUCAAAUAUUUGUGCAGGUACUUAUCAAAUAUUUUUUGCUCUUUGUUUUUGAUUGGCCACUUGAGGUAAAACAGGUGCCUUGAGAUGGAAAAUAUUUUCAUCUUACUGAAUUUACUCAAUGUCUUUUUUGUACUAGAAAUUAUCCUGAAAGCUGACUAAUCUCUAGGUAGUGUUUAAAAUAUGGCUCUGAGUUUGAAUCUUAUUUUGCAAUAUGCCAAAUCUGGAUCAAACAUGAAAUGCUAGCUCCUUUCAAGGUUUAUUAUCUCUGAAGUCCAGACAGUUGAUGGUGCCAGUGUUGGUUGGUCUGGAGGUCUCUGGUCAACCUCACUUUGAGCAGGAUUAUCACCAACACUAGUUCAGUUCAGCCUUGCUGUGGCCAGCCAUUAGUAACAACAUCCAAGCUUGGAGGUUUCACAACCCAUCUGCAAAAGUUGUUCGCAGGUGCACUACUCCUGGUGAACAAGCUUUCCCAAAUGUCCAGUUUGAACCUCCCAAGUCACAGGUGGGGGUCAUUACACCAUGUUAUUGGUAACCAAUGUGAUUAAUCAUGGUAAAUACAAAAGCCUGGUGAGGUUCAGAUGAAUAGUGACAGGCAGAGGAACCCUAGUUAACCCAAUCAGUGAAAAGUGGAAGACAUGGACUUGACUGCUCCUAAGGCUACCGAAGGAGAAUGAUUAGACCAUUGUCCCUGGUGUGAAACCCAAAGAAACCCUCCCGGAACUCCUUGCAGAGUGAAGGAGUCCCUACAGGGGACUCGCUGUGGGAUGCAGGGGGAAGGGCAGUUCAGAAUUGUUUAAAGGUUAUUAUGGAAUGCUUAUAACAGGACUGUGGGAAUGUGUGAAAGUUUCUAUGGAAUGUUCAGAGGAAGGACCAAAGGAUGGGAAAGGGAGGGAUCCAUGCAGCAGGGAGGAACAAGCCUGGUUUGAUUUCUUUCUUGACCAGUCUACGCUGGCUGCUUUUCAUUACCUUAUCAUCCCCUGUUUUUUUCAGUUUUCUUAUUUUCUGGGUUUUAAAAUGUAGCUCACUGUUCUUUAUUUCUCUUAGUUUUUCCCCUUUUUAAAAGAUUAGCCUCUACUAUGCCUGCUGAAGUCCUCUGGGACCUCCAUGACUUGUAAGUGGUUCAGAGAGAACUUUUGCUAAUUCAUAAGGUGCCUGCAUUUAGCCACUUUGAAAAUACCUAACUUCUUCAG